GCAUUUUGCAGUUCGAGUUGUAGACUGACAUUUCGCUAAGUUUUCAUAACCGUGCGUGCCGAAUCCGACUUCCAAUUGUUUGUGCUGUUGUGUUUAUUACGAUGCUUGAAAAAUUACACAUUUGACACUACUGCGUUUAUUUAUUUUCAAGGUGGAAAAAAUAAUCGAUACACUUAUUUAAAACAAUUGAGUGACAUUUAUCAUUCAUCAUGUCGGCCGCCCGAUUCUCGAUAUCAGUUGGAGCGUUUCAGACGAGGACCUUGACGUGCAAUAUUCACCCGGUUUCAGUGACGAUGUCUUGCAAUUUAAGUACUACAAGUGCCCGAAAUGGCCCCAAAAGAAGGGUCUGUAUGGAAAACAUUAAUCCGAAUGUCAAAAUUAUGGAAUAUGCAGUUCGUGGUCCUUUAGUUAUUAGAGCUACACAAAUUGAAAAGGAAUUGGAAAAGGGUGCCAAAAAACCUUUCACAGAGGUUAUCAAAGCAAAUAUUGGUGAUUGUCAUGCUAUGGGACAAAAGCCUAUUACUUUUAUUAGACAGGUACUUGCUCUAGUUGCAUAUCCACCAUUAAUGGAUAGCCCAGAUUUUCCUUCAGAUGUUAAAGAAAGAGCAGAUACAAUAUUAAAAAGUUGUAAAGGAUAUUCGGCUGGUUCUUAUUCUGACUCAACUGGAAUUGAUGUUAUUAAAAAGCAUGCUGCAGAAUUUAUUGAAAGGAGAGAUGGUGUACCAUCUAGUCCGGAUGACAUUAUUUUAUCUACUGGAGCUUCGGGAGGCAUCAAAGUACUUUUGCAAUUGCUUACAUGUCAUUUAGACAAUAAGAAACCAGGUGUGAUGGUGCCCAUACCUCAAUAUCCUCUUUAUUCUGCAACAAUUGCUGAAUUUAACAUGGGGCAAAUAGGAUACUAUCUUAAUGAAGAGACCGGUUGGGGUUUGGAUGUAUCCGAAUUGAAUAGGGCAAUAUCUGAAGCAAAGAGUAAUAACAUUCUUCCCAGAGCUAUAGUUGUUAUUAAUCCAGGUAACCCUACUGGCCAAGUACUAAGUCGUGAGAACAUAGAACAAGUUAUUAAGUUUGCACAUCAGGAAGAUUUGAUGAUAUUUGCUGAUGAAGUAUAUCAGGACAAUGUAUAUGCUGAAGGUUCUAAAUUUUACUCAUUUAAAAAGGUUCUGAGAGAAAUGGGACCUCCUUAUGAUGAGAUUGAACUUGCUUCAUUCAUGUCUACUUCGAAAGGAUACAUGGGCGAGUGCGGAAUGAGAGGAGGAAUGAUGGAAAUUAUAAAUAUGUGCCCUGAUGUCAAGGCCAUGUUACUUAAAUGUAUUUCUGCAAUGUUGUGCCCUACAACUUUAGGCCAAUCUGCAUUGGACUGUGUGGUAAACCCUCCUAGACCUGGCGAACCUUCAUAUGAAUUGUUUAUGAAAGAGAAACAAGAAGUACUUUCUCAAUUGGCAAUUCGUGCUAAGAUGGUAGCAGACACUUUUAACAGUUUUGAAGGUUUUUCGUGCAACACUGUACAAGGAGCUAUGUAUGCUUUCCCUCAAAUUAAACUACCUCAAAAAGCAAUUGAUGCCGCUGACAAGGCUGGAAAGCCAGCAGAUGUGUUUUAUGCAUUUGAAUUAUUAGAAAGAACUGGAAUUUGUAUUGUACCUGGCUCAGGUUUUGGUCAGAAACCAGGAACUUAUCAUUUCAGGACCACUAUUUUGCCACAAACAGAUAAAUUGAAAGAAAUGUUGGAUAAAUUUGCAGUAUUUCACAAAGAAUUUGUCGCACAGUAUAAGUAAAAAUAUAGCCUUAUAUUGUUGUUAUAUAUAUAACUAUGGUAUGGCCUCAUAUGUGAUUCAUCUAUAGGUAUUGUAUACAAAUAUUUUACAUGUUACUUUCUAGAAACAUGACAAUUCUAGAUCAAAAUUUGACUGAUUAGGCCAUGCCAAACAUGACUAUCACAUUGUAAAUAUUGAUAGAACAUAUAGGCAAUAUGUAUAAAUUUAGACCAUAAUAUUUAUCUCUUUAUUAUAGUGAGUGCGAGUAUUCUGCAGCCCAAAUUUGAAUAGUAUUGCGUUAUAAGUGCCCAUAAAAGGGAUAGCAAAUCUACUAAUGAUUGUCAUGUUAUUUUAAUGUUGUUACUAUUUAUUUAUAUUUUAAUAUAGGUUUAAGAAAAUUAUAUUUUUAUUGUAAAUAUCACUAUUUUGAGUAUGUAUGAUAUCUAAAUAUACGUAACAAGAGAUUUAAAUUCUAUGUUAAUGCAUCUUAAUAUGCAAUAAG